AAUUAUUCUAGAAAUAUAAGCUUCUCGAUCGCCAAAAUUAAAAAACUUUCAAUCAGAGCGAGAUAUUAAUUAAUUCCCUCGGGACAACUUUGUCGGGUUGCUAAACUCGUCCUCGCUUUUCUCCCACAUGACAAUCGGACACGCCCAAAUAUGAUUAGUAAUGGCUUUCUUUGUUUACCAAGUGCAUCGUGUCUCGUCGGGGUCAAGAUUAAGCCCAAAUUCGGCCCGAAAAAGCAAAAAAAUCGGCCGAAAUGCAACGUGAGAAGGAGCACUGCAGUCGGCGCAGCAGCGUAGCGAGUUUAACUGACUCGGGAGAGCCGCUCCCAGGCCAGUCUGACUCGCCGCCGGAAAGGCUGCUAUGGAGGCAUAAAUCACCAGACUCGCAUCAACCAUGGGUAAAAUUAGUUGGCUGCCGUGGCGACUGAUUCUUCUCGUUAUGGCUCUCACAAUUUAUGCAGCAGUUGAAGCAAAGAAAGGUGGCAGAAGAGUUGCAAUUGUCAAGUGCUGCGGGAGAAAAUCGUGUUCAAAAACGUUUGGUACACAAAUUAAGGUUACGAACACAACGAGCGCCAAAAACACGAUGGAACGUAAAACCGAGUCAUCCACGUCACCAGAAACGGCUCCUGCAGAAGCAGAAACCGAUCCUCCAAACGAAACUCCACUUCCGUCUGAAGAGAUAACAACUGUAGAGAUUCCAAUCAAUGAGAUUGCAACUUCAGAACAAACUACCGAAUCGCCAACAACUGGAACCACAUCAGCAGUAGACCAAUUAUUAAGCUCUGGUUUACCAGUUUUACCAGCCACAUCAGACAGCACAGGCACUUCUAACUCAGAAACCACUGCAUUAACAGCAACUUCUUCAAUAACCAAUACAAUAUCAACCACUUUAUCAAAAGUCACAAUAAAUAAUGUAACUCCAACUGCGCCAAAAAUGAUGCCAUCGACAACAACCGAAACAACUACCACAAAAAUCACAACUACCACAAAACCUCCCACUAAUGAGGAGCUUGUUCUUGGAAAAUGUGAAACUACGUUUGAAAAAGAUACGACCUUGCUUAACAAUGAUGGGACUGUAAAAGAUCCUGAUAAAUAUGGAUUUUGGGUGCAGUCGUGCGGGCAACAGUUUCUCUUUGGAAAAUCUUUGGCCACGUGGAGAGACAAUUUCAUCAGAUGCUACGCAAUUGGCAUGGAACCAAUUUCUUUUGAGGAUGCAACAAAACGUGACUGUUUCUUAAGUUUGGUUUCCAAGUGGAAGUACAGCUCCAAUUACUGGACUUCCGGAUUGAGAGUGAACAGAAGUGACUUUUCGUGGUGUACCAAAAAAGGGUCACUUACAGUUGAAAGAACGAAAAUUUCCUGGGUGGUGGGUCAGCCCCAAAAUUUCAACAACAGCGAAAAUUGCCUACACCUCAACGUCUCAAGAACGAAUGGAAAUUUCUCAUUUUCGGACAGAAUGUGCACCGAACCUCAGAUUUUUGCAUGUCAAGGACCAACAACUCCAGCCCCAACAUGCUCAAGCCCUCUGUGCCCAAAUGUAACUUGCGCAAAAAAUACACUUUUCUACACAAAUAUGGGAAAAUCGCAAUAUUUAACAAAUCCCAAUUUGCAUGGGAGUUGGUUCACAUAUAACGGACGGAGUUAUUUAUUCAGUUCAACAAACAAAACCACCAGUUAUUUAGGAGCGAUGCAAGCAUGUUGUGAGGUUGGGAUGACUUUGCUGAGUUUGGAGUUUGACUACAAGUACAAAUCAGUCGUUCAGGCCAUUAAAGAAAAUGCAUCUUUGAGUGAUUAUUUCUGGACUUCCGGGAGCGAUCGCGGAUGCGAGUCAAAAUUCGGGUAUUGCACGGCAAAAAGGAUUUUGCGCCAAGAGGCCGUUUGGGCUCCAGGUCAACCGGACAACGCUGGCGGAAACGAAAAUUCUGUUGCUGUUUUCAUCGAUUCGGCAAAAGCGCAGUUGUUUGACUACAAUGAGGACUCUAAAUUAAGAUACAUUUGCGAGGCCAGGGACACUUCAGGAUCAAAUUCAGGCGGAACUGCUGUUAGAGACGAGUGUGUUGCAAUUUACAACGUCAGUCAGGCUGAGAUCGACAGUAUUUUGAACCCUAACAUUAUAAAAGACACAAGAUUAAAGUGUUUCAUAAAGUGUUUGGGUGAAAACGCUGGUUUGAUGGUGAACGGAAAGUUUGUGGAGAAUGAUGUUUUGGCCACUUUGGAGAAAAUGUCUGUUGGGAAUUGGACCGAACUGCAGAAAUCUAUGCAAGUAAUGGACGAGUGUGGACAAUCAACAUACGGAAUGGACGAGUGUGACAAAGCGGCCCAAAUGAUAAAAUGCAGUAGCGAGAAAGCGCCUGAAGUUCUUAACGGCAUAAUUAUGACCAUGGACCAGUCUAUGCCCAUUGAAAAACCUGCAAUGCCGCCUCCAGCGUUCUGUUACGAUACAAAAAACUGCAAUGUGAAUCCACUUUACGUAAAUGAAGUGACCAGCUGCACUGGAAACUGCACGGUUACCAAAGGUUACGUGCGAACCGUUUGCGGCAAGAAGUACCUAGUUUACAACGGUCAAGGAACUUUUCUGCAAGCGUUCACUUAUUGUUGCUCUCACGGAAUGGAUCUUGCAUCUAUUGAAACCGCAGCAGAAAUUCAAUGCUUGGCUGGGAUAAGCAAUAUAUUUUCCGAAAAAACCCACGCAAACACUGUUGUCACUGUGGCAUGUGAAUCGAUAUCUGAACGAAGUUCCAUGAGGCCCUCCACAAUAAUUCUCCUUGUUAUCCUUUUCAUGGUGGUGGAGAUGGCUGCCGAUCGAUAUAAAGUAAAAUUAGCAAGAUCAAAAAACAACAAAAUAGCUCUUCGGGCUGCGAUUAUCAAAUGUUGCGGCCAAAAUUCGUGCAUCAAUUCAAAGAAGAAAGGCAAUAAUGGAACAGCAGCGAUUUUGAACAAACAGACGACAAAAGCCUCAUCAGGGGCCAACGUUGAAGACCAGCAACCAGCAGAUCAGGAUGAAGGAUCCAAUGCACAAUCAGACCAGGAGACAACCACAGUAGCUUCUGAUGGAGGUGCCGAAGUAGCAAAUCCUGGACAGGUCAGCGAUUCAGCAACUCAGGGAAAUCCUGAAACUUCAAGUCAAGCCGAUCCUGUGUCAGUUAGCUCUGAAAAUAAUUCUGGAACUGGUAGCGUUGCACCAGAGCAGCCAGUAUCAAGUAGCAGUGCGACUAGUGCCAGUUCUUCUUCAACAACAGUUGCCAGCAAUUUGGGCAAUGACCAGCAAGCAUCUUCUUCAUCAGUUGCAACCACUUCAACCACUUUUCUUCAAACUUCUACCACAACAGCGACAGUAUUUGUGAACGAAGAAAAUUGCAACCUGACUGUUCAAACAAACAUGUCACUCAUAAACCAAGAUAAUUCAGUUAAAGAUUCACAAAAGUAUGGCUACUGGGAAGAAGCCUGCGGUCAUCAGUUCCUGUUCGGGAAAUCCCUGGUAAAUUUCAUUGCAUUGUAUUUUGCCAUAUACCUUGCAAAUUUCAAGGGAACAUGGAGGGAAAAUGUAAUGAUGUGUGGAAAAAUUGGAAUGGAGCCAAUUUCGCUUGAGAGUAGAGAGAAACUGGAAUGCUUCAAUAAGAGCCUGAUUUCUAGGUGGAAGUACGGAUCUUAUUAUUGGACAUCUGGUUUCAAACUGAGCGGAAAAGAGUUUUCUUGGUGCUUGAAAAACGGUUCAGUUGCAAUUCAGCAGCAAGUAGAGAGACUAAACGAUCCUAAUUCAAACUGCGUGGUCACAAAUAUAAGUCGUGGAAACGCUUCUGUCUUCACAUUAUCAUCAGCUUCAUGUAAUGCAUCAUACUUUCUCGCUUGCCAGGGACGUCCAACUGUGGCACCAAACUGCUCAUCACCCACAUGCCCAAACAUCACAUGCGCGAAAAAUCCAUUUUUCUACGUAACCAAUGUGACGACCUAUUUAAAAGAUCCAAGAGUGCAUGGAACUUGGUUUUCUUAUCGCGGCCGGAAGUUUCUGUUCAGUCAAUUGAAAAUUAAAAAGACAUUUACCGGAGCAAUGACAGCAUGCUGUGAGAUAGGAAUGAGUUUGUUAAGCCUCGAGUAUGAUUUCAAAUACGAUUCAAUAAAAGCGGCAAUUAAAGAUGGCAGUGUUUCUAAAGCGGAUAUAUUUUGGACUUCUGGCUCUGACAGCGGUUGUGAAGGUGCCUUUGGAUAUUGCACCGCAAAACGAAUUUUACGACAAGAAGCGAUUUGGGCUCCAACACAGCCGGACAAUGCGGGCGGAAGAGAAAACGCCGUGGCCGUUUUCGUCAACGGCACUAACAUAGCUUUGUCUGAUUUCAGCGAAGACACGGAAUUCAGAUACAUAUGUGAAGCUCGAGACACACCUAAUGCUGAGUCUGGAGGUGCCGCAAUUAGGGAGGAAUGCUCAACCGUUUAUGACGUGACUCAAAAGGAAAUUGACAAUCUGCUGAACAAUACAGACAAACUAGACCUCCGCUUGAAGUGUUUCUUGCGAUGCGUUGGGGAGAAUGCAGGCUUGAUGGUGAAUGGGAAGUUUGUCGAUAACGAUGUCAUAGCAGUUCUGGAAAAAAUGGCGGGCGGAAAUCUGGACGAGUUAAAGAAAAAUAUCGCUGUCAAAGACGAUUGUCAAAACGCCGCCAACGGAAUGGACGAGUGCGAUAAAGCGGCCCAAUUGAUCAAGUGUACAAAGGAUAAAGCUCCUGACGUCUUGACCGGAGUCAUUAUGUCCCUCGAUAAAUCCAUUCCUUUAGAAAAACUGGAAAAUUUCCCCACUGCGACGUGUCCGAAAAUGUCUUGCACAAUCAACGCAACCCUUCAGCAGUCGUUUCAGUCUGCUGCUCCUAGUUCUACGCUCGUUGACGGUGACGUGCGAUCCAACUGCGGAUACAAAUUUUUUCACGUUAGAAGAGAUUUGACCCUCCAGGGUGCCUAUGACAUUUGUUGCCAGUAUGGUUUGAAAUUGGUAUCAAUUGAUUAUGUUGAAAUGGUCCAAUGCCUCUACGACGUUUAUUACGCAUCGCCUAGAAUGACUUGGGUGGCCGGCAGUGGCUUCGACAGUCCAGAUAACCCACGCUGGUGCACUUCUACACGGCCCUUUUCCACAGCGGGUUUUGCGUUUGUCACCCCGCCAAAGGACACAUCAUCGUUUGCUUAUGGAAUCAAAAUGACUGAAAAGUCACUGGCAGUGCUAAACACUGCUGUAGAAAUUGCUAACUUUGCCUUGUGUGUCUAAA